UGUCCAUAAUUUCUACAUUUAGUCAUAAUCAUCCACCCCAGUGUUUCAUAACUCAACCUUUUCUGAAGUGAAAGGAGAACUUGGCUAAUACUGAAACAGAGUUGAGCAACAUCUGCGCAUCCACCCCAGACAAUACCUAGGCUCCUCCAGUUCAUUGUGGUUGCCUGUCUGGAAGCCUGAUGAAUGGACUAAGUUUUCUAGAGCCCACAGCUUAAUAAGAAUGAGGAGAGCACGUCUGUCUCAAUCCCCAGGUCCAGAACCACCUGGAGACCGCUAAGUACCACCUCCACCACGCCCAGGCCCAGCAGGUCAAGCAGUACCUGACACUGGGCAGCAAGCUUGCGGGCCAGCCCCACCCAAACCCGGGCCAGGCCCUGGGCACCAUGCCGGUCCUGCGCAAUGGGCACCUGCCCGUCAGUGAGAGCAGCACAUCAGGCAGCCCCGUCACCCUGCUAACCCUCACCAGCAGCCACGAUGGCGAGUUUCCAGUGGAUGAAGUUAUUGAUGACCUUAUUAGCCUUGAGUCUGGUUUCAAUGAUGGCAGCUUGGAAUGUAUGGAUCCUAGCAUCAUAAUGCAGAAUAAUGUGCCCCUGAAUAGCAGUAUGCUGGAGGUCUUCAGUGGUGACCAAGAGCACGACACCAGGGUCCUGGCAAAAGAGAGGCAGAAGAAAGACAACCACAAUCUGAUUGAACGGAGGCGUCGGUACAACAUCAACUACAGAAUCAAAGAACUUGGAACUCUGAUCCCAAAGUCAAACGACCCUGAUAUGCGCUGGAACAAAGGGACCAUCCUCAAGGCCUCUGUGGAGUACAUUAAGUGGCUGCAGAAAGAGCAGCAACACGCCCGAGACCUGGAGAACCGGCAGAAGAAACUGGAGCAGGCUAACCGGAAGCUCCUGCUGAGGAUCCAGGAGCUGGAGAUCCAGGCUCGCGCUCACGGUCUGCCCAACGCUCUGGGAGCGGUGGAGAUCUCGUCUCACCUCCUCAAACAGCAGCAGCAGCAGUCAGUCCAGGCCCCUCUGGUGCCCACUGUGCCCCAGGUCCCACCGGCUGCCCAGCCUCCUCUCUACGCUCAGGAGGAGCUGAACGGCGCAGAGUACAUCCAGAGGAGCGCCCUGCCUGCCACCCUCCCUGUAGGGAGAGGAGGAGGCUCCUCCAGGGAGCAGGCCGACUCAUCCACCACUUUCUCGGACCCGCUCUCCCACUUCACAGACUUCUUCAGCACCACGCUGAAAGAGGAGCACCGGUUGGAGGAGUUCCUCAUGGAGGAGGCGCUGUCGCCGUUCAGCGCCGACCCCCUGCUCUCAGCAUCCUCUCCUGCCGCGUCCAAAGAGAGCAGCCGGCGGAGCAGCUUCAGCACGGACAAUGGGGACGACCUCUAACCGAGGGCGACCUGUGAGCUCAGUCCUUAGCUCCGCCCCGACCGCUGCCGUCUGGCCACACCACUGUGCUCCUGGAAGGAGAAAGCAGAGACUCUGUGCACGCGGACCACACGACUUACAUCCUCCGACUACAGGAACAGGGAGACACGUCUCUGGGUUUUGUGCCAGUGUCGAGUCAGAUACAGCCGAUAAAAAAAGAAAAAGAUAAAAAGAAGGGAGAAUUAACAGAUCUGGUGAUACUUAUCUACUGUGCAGUUGUGUCUGAUGGACUGCCUUUAGUGUACAUGCUUAUGGCAUGGUUUACACAAUGGUAUAUGGAAAUUGUAUAUUUGUAAAAUGUAACAUAAUGGCAUUCAUAAGAACCACUAGCAGAAGAGAACAGGGUUUUUAAAAAUCUCUGCAGAGCCUUAAGCAAAACUGAUUAGCUUUACAAACACUCAAAAGAAGAUGCAAUACAUAUACAAUUAGUAGGCAAAACCCUAACAUGCCUUUUUAUUUUUUUGGUUCAUAAAGUAUUUUUUAAGGACAAUAUGCAUUUAUGUAUUUAUAUGUCUUAAUCAUUGUAUUGUUAAAAACAAAAAUCCUUAGACAAUCUAAUAAUUUUUAUAACU